AGUGAGAGCACGCACGCCCCGUCGUUGGCACCGCGCAGCCCAGCGGUCAGCACACAGCCGUAUACGCAUCGGCGCCGCUCUGCAUGGUCUCCAGGCUGUACAGUGAUUAACACCACCGUUUGGACACUGGACGCGGCCGAAGUUCGCUCUUGUUCGCAUUCCGGUCUUUGCUCCAACGGUUCUGUUUUUUUUUUUUUUUCUUCGUGGCUUUGUGGUUUCCCACCGCGACCUUCGAUUCCGCGGUAUGGUCCUCGAGCUCAACGUCAACCCCCGACCGCCGUCCAUCGUCCAUCGCUCUCGCCAGUGGCAUGAUCACGUGUCGGGACCUUCCCAGCCCUCGUCCCCCUCUCCCACUGCUGCGUCCUUUCCACACGCCCAACGCCGUCGUUCGUCCGCAGCUACCGUACCCCCCGCCGGCCCUCCCCCAACCCAGCCCAUCCCUAGUCUCCCGGCGACAUCCUCAGCACUCACAAAUGGUGCGGAUAUGUCCGACGAAACUCGGCUCGCGUCAAGACACAGGCCUAGCGUCAGCUCUAGUCAACAUACUUACAGUCGACCUGCUGCGUCUGCCAACUUGGUCGCCGUCGCUGCCUUCCCUCAGGCUCAACAAGCUUCUGUUUCGCCAUAUCCCACAUUCGAAUCCCAUCUAUCCUCGACCGCAGUUUAUCCGUCGAUUCCCUCUGACCCUACCCCGAGGAUUGGACCAUCUCAUUCGCAUUCGCAUUCAACCACCCAGGACAUCGUUCCUGACCGUCUGCUGCUGUCUCCGGCAGAACCACACUCGAGGACUGAAUCACGGCCCUCCUCGCGUCGGGCACUGACCAGAGCACUUGAGUUGGCGCGUGAAGCCGUUCAGCUCGACGCUACCAAUCACGACCCUCAUGCUGCUGUCAUCGCUUACGGAAGGAGUGUCGCUCUUCUCAGUGAAGUCAUGGAGAGGGUAAGGCGAGGUGAGGACAGCACAGACAGUCGGAGACGAAGUGGUCGUCGGCGCAGCGUAGUUGCUCAGGAGGAGGAAGUCAAGCGACUGAAGUCCAUUCACGACACGUACGCUGACCGGAUGAAUAUCCUCAGCUUGAUAUACAGUAUACCACCAAUACCACACUCACCGACGUCCUUGUAUGCGCUUUCCACCUCGACAGAGUCUACUCAACCUCCAUCGCCCUCCUCACCGUCCCUGUCAUCAGAUUCCCAUAGGUCCUCGUCUUACCGUACAGACCAUACCCAAGAUGAGCUCCACCCCUUGAUGCAAGGUGACCUAAGUGAUGAGCAGGAUGCACAUGAAGGCAUCGGUUCUGCUAUGUUGAACGCUGCCCACUUGUCCCAGGAUUACUCUUCUCCUACCACCCCUGUACAUCCCUAUGCUUCGCCUGACUCUUCGCCAAGCAGACACCAGACUACCCUCAACCGACCCAAUCAACCACAACACGCACCCGUUCCUGUUGGCAGACCUCGCGCUUCCUCUGUACAACAGCUGCCUCCCCGUCCGAUACCAUCCCCUCUUCCGCCUCCUGAGAUCGCAUUGCCUCCUCCGCCCGCAAUACCCCCGCAAGCAAGUCGGCUCCUCGAGGUCAGCAGGACACGUGGAAAUUCGCUUGGACAUAAGAGAACGGGAUCUGGAACAAAACUUACCUCCGUCACCGAGGAAGGCGUUAGGCUGGAUGGUCCUUCGCAGAGUGACGAUGCCGAGCAUGAUGACAGGUCGGGAUCCGUCCCAUCCCUUCCUCGGAGACCAGAUACUCCGCACACGGUGAAACGAGACUCUCACCCGCUCCCACCUCUCCCGUCACCAACUCAAGUCCACCCGUUCCGUACGCCCACCGUCGCCGCUGUUCCAAAACCAUCAAGUUCCCCAGCCACCACGCAAUUCCUCACUUCACGGCCCCGUGGGGAGUCAAUGAUAGUGGCGGGUGCACAACCGCUCAUCAACUCUUCGACGGCGAUGAGUACUUUACAGCAGCGACGGAACAAAAUGUCCGCUCCACCAUCGACUACCACUACAGACUCGUCAUCCCCUACCGAGUCCUCUCCAUCGCCUUUUUUACCACCACCGUCAAGACCAUCAGAUUCACCCACACCCUCAACUUCUACUUCCACUUCGGUUACUGGACGAAGUCGUGCCUCGUCUCAGCCUGGUCGUCGACCGUCUGUCGUUAACGGUCGGAUAUCUCCGUUCGAACCUCACCCUCCGCGGUUACCUCAGACAGCCCAACCCAACCCACCCCGCAAAGUAUCCAACGCUUCCAAAUUAAACCAAAGUAUCAACGUCAAUGUAAAUCUCCCACCUCAACUUGUUGUACAAACAGAUGUCUUGUCCCCUCCACCUGCCCUGACCCUCGCUCCACCAUCUGCAAUGCUCACUCACCUUCCGACCACCCCAACUUCUCCCCUUCCACCUGCUCCGCCCGCUGACAGUCAGCGAAAGCCGUAUCAUUUGAUGAAGCUCCUGGCGAGCACAAUGAACUCGAAGUCGGGUGGUUAUAUUACCCGCCGUCUACACGUACCACAGGGUGUAUGGUCGCAAGGCGGAGCGAAACUUUCGAACAUCCCUGAAAAGGUUCGGGUUGUGGAGGUCCUCUGCUCGGCUCUCGAGGAAAUGCAGCAAGUUUCUGUUGAGCUCUUUGGGGCUGGAAGUGUUUGCAGUGGAUUUGCACUUGGCAUUGGUAGUGUUGGGCGCAAGGAAGCAGAGGCCUGGGUGGCAAAGUUGGAGGACUUUUCAUCGAUAUGCGAUAGUGUGGUUGCAAACUUCGGCAAAAAGCUGGGCGUUGGGGAAGGUUUUGUGUUGAAGAAGAGUGGUGGAGUUACUUCAUGGGGCGGGAAGUUGACACGUCAAUUCGACAAGUUCACGAAUGGCAAACACCUUGAUUCGCCCGCAGCAUAUGUAACCGGCCUUGGCAGGCUGUUUACGGAUGCACAAUUGCUUGACGAGCAUUCGCAGGCAUUGCUGGCGCAACCCUUGAGCCCGAUAUAUGCUACAUUCCCCGCUGAGGCCAGGAGUGCCGCCGAAGUAAAGCUCAAACGUGCCUCAGAGUUCUUCGCCAGCGUCGUGCUAACGUUUGUCAUUCGUGAUCUUGCUCAGUUAUUGGACAAGUACGCGAAGAAAUGCGAGAAGUGGCUUGCGGAAUGA